GCCAAAGACAAGGUGCAAAAAUGCCGGGACUCUUGGGCCGCUUCGCACGAACAGUGAUGGCUAGGCGGAGUGUCCGUCUCGUCAGGUGGUACAGCGGCGGUGACGAAGACGGCACCAGCAGCGGCACAGACGACGCCCAAGUCAGAGAUCUGAUCGACCGACAGCUAAAACUGGCGCCGACCGGCGGUCACCAAGUGCUGGUCGUCCAGCCGUACAUCAAAUGGGGCGCCAACAAGGACAGGAGCACGAAGCCAGAAGUCAAGGCGGACGAGAGCCGGUCGCUGGUGCAUACCUUGGCCGAAUGGUCGGUGACAGACACGUUAUUAGUAGGCCUCACGUCAUACAGAAAGCAUACGUUUUUCGGUCCCGGCAACGUGGACGCGAUCGCGCUCCGAGUUGCCCGCGAUCGUCGCAUCACAGCGGUGUUCGUCAGUGUCAACGUACUGAAGCCGGGUCAACAUCAGCAUUUGGAACACCGUUUCGGCGUGCCCGUUUACGACCGGUACCUGAUGGUGGUGCAGAUAUUCCGCAGACACGCCGUCACUAGGGAGGCCAAGCUGCAGGUGGCCCUGGCUGAGCUACCGUACAUAUGGUCUCGGAUACGCGGUGCGCAGGAUGGGUACGCCGAGCGGCUGGGCACAGAGGCGGGCCAGAUAGCCCUCAGUGGCAAACUCGCGUUUGAUGAUAAGAAAGACUUGCUCAAGGCAUAUGAAAAGAAGCUCAAGAAGUUGGUGGACAAGCUGAGGAACCACCGCCAACACCUGCGUCACAAUAGGACUAACAAGGACUUACCCGUUGUCGCCGUGGUCGGAUACACUAACGCUGGCAAGACGUCGCUAGUCAGAGCGUURACUGGUGAUGCAGGUUUAGUGCCUAAAGACUGCCUGUUUGCCACGCUUGAUGUGACUGUUCACGGGGGAGUGUUACCGUCCAACAUGACUGUUCUCUAUAUAGAUACCAUAGGUUUCAUAUCAGAUAUACCGACUAGACUUAUUGAACCGUUUGUCGCUACGCUGGAGGAUGCAAUGUUUGCCGACGUUAUCGUCCAUGUACGAGACAUGUCUCAUCCCAAUGUUGUGGUACAAAAAUCUCACGUUGAGAAUACACUAAAAAGCUUGAGCAUCAACCCAGACUUAUUAAACAGUGUGAUUGAUGUUGGCAACAAAGUUGAUCGUCUAGAUAACUUAGAACAUGAUGGAAGUUCAGUGUUAAUUUCUUGUACCACUGGGGAGGGUUUGGAUGAGCUCAAGAAGAAAAUAGAAAGCCAAAUAAUUAAAGCUACUGGUAGAAGAGCAAUUAAAAUUCGGGUCCGUACUGGUCGUGACGAAUAUGAGUGGUUAAGAACACACACAGCUAUUGUCAAUAUCAAUACAGACGGCGAUUAUUCUGUGAUGGAGGUUAUUGUUACCCAAUCUGAUCUAGAUGUGUUUAAAAAUUUGUUUAUAAGAAAGAAAAUAAACAAUUAGUUGCACUGUAGUAAAUGUUUUAAACAAUUGUAAA